CUUCAGUUUUGUCCUCGACUUCUCCUCCUCCUCCGACCGCGGUAUCGAGCCAACAACAACAGCAGCAGCAGCAACAACACCAUCAUCAUCAUCACCAUCAUCAUCACGCUGGUGGUGGCGUUGGCCAGCAGUCGUCGCCGUCGCCGUCGCCUCUGCAUUCUCUACCCUCUUACUACAAUCCUGCCCUGCGCCCUUCACCCGGCCCUGCGCAGGGAUCCGACACACAUCAACGCCACCAUCAUCACGACGUCAUCUACUCCGUCUAGGAGCUUCUACGAUCCUACUACCGACUCGACUACGACCCCUGCCGACCGACGUGGUGGUGAGGAAUCAUCGUGGCAGACUGCGACCACGGCACCGAAUCAACCGGCUCGCGAUCCUUACGCCUACAAUCAAUCCGCCGACAAUCAUCAUCACCAUCACCAGCAGCAGCAGACCUACUACAACGGUGCUGGUGCAAGGACCGGUGACUACACGUCUCCAAGGGCAUACGGAAGCAAUCAGCCUCCCGCUGCUGCUCCUCGCAGCCCCCUGUCGCAUCCGCACCAGCAUUCACUUCCUCCUACCUCUUCUGUUGGUUCUGUCAGUCCGAUUAGUCGACACCCGCAACGCGCUUCGUCUCCCGGAACGAGCCGCUCUGCGGACCCAAUGUCCUUCUCCAACAUCCUCUCCAGCGCCGAACCUGCCCCGAAGCCCCGCGAGAGAACUCCGGUUCCUGAGCUGCGAGCCCCCGAGCCCGAUGGCGAGGCGCGGUUCAAGGUCAAGGUCGAAGCUGAGCCAGAGCCAGAGCCAGGGCCAGAGCCAGAGCCAGAGUUGCAGCAGAUGGCAGACAAGGAGAUGCUCGACCGCGACGACGAGACGGAGCCUGAACCCUCGGCGCCCUCGCGCGCUAGCAGCGUACCCAAGAAGAAGGCUGCCCCCCGAAAGUCCACAAAGGGUCGUGCUUCGGAUAUCAGGGAACAGGCCACCUCCAAGAGUGCUCGGAGAUCCUCCAUCAAGAGAGAGUCGCCCACCCCGCGGCCCUCGGCCAAGCGCCAGGCCAACGGCCAGGCCAAGAAUGACAAGGCCGACAAGGCUGAUAGGUCGUGGUCGAGCGACAUGGAGAAGAAGAUCCAGAAAUCAGAAAUCAUCAUCGACAAGGACACCGCCAAUCUCGACGCCGACGAGUUCGACGAGCGGGAUUUCAAGGAGCGCGCCGCCAAGCGCCGCAGGCUCAUGAUCGAUUUCGACCGCGACCAGAACCGCCUGCGCCGCCAGGACUACACCGCCGCUGCCGGCAAGAAGCUGGCCUUGCAAGCCGAGCUCGGCAAGCGCCGCUACGACGAUGUCUUCUACGACGAUGCCCUCAACGAGGUCCGCGAGCAGGAGCUUCACGCCGAGAAGGAGCGCAAGAAGGAUAUGCAGCGCAAGCGCCGCCGCGAAAAGUCCAUGGCUGUCACCCUCGAGCAGAAGGAGGCCGCCCUCGCCCGCGCCGAUGCCGCCGAGGACGAGGCCGAGCGCCAGAAGCACCUGCGCGAUGCCGAGCGCGCCAACAAGAAGGCCCAGCAGACCAAGCACAUCCUGCAGAAGGGCAUCAAGGGCCCCGCCAGGCACGUCGAGAUCAACCUCGAGGGCGGCACGAUGUCCACCUUCCUUGCCUCCGACAUGGAGAAUGGCGGCAGCGCCACCGGCAACGCCGCCGGCACCCCCACCUCGAAAUCAAAGUCCAAGUCCAAGGCCGGCUCACGACCCAAGAAAUCCAAGGAGCAGAAGCAGGCCGAGAAGGAGUCCGCCAUGGCCGCUCAGGCCGCCAUCGAUGCCGGACAGGAGCUUCCGGCAAAGGACGAGGGCAAGGUCCGCCUCAAGAUCACCAACAAGGCCAAGAAGUCCAAGGACAAGACCAAGGGCAAGGACAAGGACAAGGACAAGGACAAGGAGGAUGUCAAGGACAAGGAUGGCGCCGACAUCGACAUUGACGUCGACGUCGACGCCGACGCUGAUCCUGCCGAUGCCGACGCCGACAAGGAAAAUGGCACCAGCGGCGGCACUGGCGGCGGCGGCGGCGGCGGCAAGAAGAAGAAGAAAGAGCUCAAGGAGUCUAAGGAGUCUAAGGAGAAGGUUGACGACGUGCCCGACCUGGAGAAGAAAUUCAUCUCCAAGGGCUACAACCAAAUCUACGACCAGAUUCUGCGCGACGUCGCCCGCAAGGACGUCAACAAGACGUUCAAGCUGGCCUCGGACUCGUGCGCUACGAAAUCCUCCAACCUGAAGAAGACGGCCGUGCUCGCCUCCAAGGAGGCCAAGAGAUGGCAGCUCCGAACCAACAAGGGCACCAAGGACCUGCAGGCCCGCGCCAAGCGCGUCAUGCGCGACAUGAUGACCUUCUGGAAGCGUAACGAGCGUGAGGAGCGAGAUCUGCGCAAGGCCGCCGAGAAGCAGGAGAUCGAGAACGCCAGGAAGGAGGAGGCCGACCGCGAGGCCGCCCGCCAGAAGAGGAAGCUCAACUUCCUCAUCUCCCAGACCGAACUGUACUCUCAUUUUAUAGGGAAGAAGAUCAAGACGGACGAGGUUGAGCGGAGCACCGACAACCCCGAGAUCGCCCCGACCGCCGACACCAACCACAGCGAGAGGAUCGACGUCCCCGAGCCCACGGGCCUUCUGGGCAGCAAGGUCACCGACUUUGAGAACCUCACCUUUGAGGAGGGGGACGAGGACAAGCUGCAGGCGGCCGCCAUGGCCAACGCUCAGAACGCCAUCGCCGAGGCCCAGCAGAAGGCCCGCGACUUCAACAACCAGGGCCUGGACAUGGACGAGGAGGGCGAGAUGAACUUCCAGAACCCCACGGGCCUGGGCGACGUCGAGAUCGAGCAGCCCAAGCUCAUCAACUGCCAGCUCAAGGAGUACCAGCUCAAGGGUCUCAACUGGCUGGUCAACCUGUACGAGCAGGGUAUCAACGGUAUCCUGGCCGACGAGAUGGGUCUCGGAAAGACGGUGCAGUCCAUCUCGGUCAUGGCGUACCUGGCCGAGAAGCACGACAUCUGGGGUCCCUUUCUCGUCGUCGCUCCCGCGUCGACCCUGCACAACUGGCAGCAGGAGAUCGCCAAGUUCGUGCCCGAGUUCAAGAUCCUGCCGUACUGGGGCGGCGCGGGCGACCGCAAGAUCCUGCGCAAGUUCUGGGACCGCAAGCACGGGACGUACCGCAAGGACGCCGCCUUCCACGUCUGCGUCACCUCGUACCAGCUGGUGGUGUCGGACGUGGCCUACUUCCAGAAGAUGAAGUGGCAGUACAUGAUCCUCGACGAGGCCCAGGCCAUCAAGUCGUCGUCCAGCUCGCGCUGGAAGAGCCUGCUGGGCUUCCACUGCCGUAACCGCCUGCUGCUGACGGGCACGCCCAUCCAGAACAACAUGCAGGAGCUGUGGGCGCUGCUGCACUUCAUCAUGCCGUCGCUGUUCGACUCGCACGACGAGUUUAGCGAGUGGUUCUCCAAGGACAUCGAGUCGCAUGCGCAGUCCAACACGAAGCUCAACGAGGACCAGCUCAAGCGUCUGCACAUGAUCCUCAAGCCCUUCAUGCUGCGCCGCGUCAAGAAGCACGUCCAGAAGGAGCUGGGCGACAAGAUCGAGGAGGACAUCUUCUGCGACCUGACCUACCGCCAGAGGGCCUACUACGGCAACCUGCGCAACCAGAUCAACAUCCUCGACCUGGUCGAGAAGGCCACCAUGGGCGACGACCAGGACUCGGGCACGCUCAUGAACCUCGUCAUGCAGUUCCGCAAGGUGUGCAACCAUCCGGACCUGUUCGAGCGCGCGUCGGUCACGUCGCCCUUCUCGUUUGGCUACUUUGCCGAGACGGCAUCGUUUGUCCGGGAGGGCAGCAACGUCGCCGUCAGCUACUCGUCCCGCAACCUCAUCGAGUACAGCCUGCCGUCCAUGCUGGGGUCCGGCAGCGGAGGCCGUCUCGACAGGCCGGGCUACGACAACGUCCGGGCUGGCUGGCGCAGCAAGGCGCUCGACCACAUGAUGAACGUCUUCUCGCCCGAACAUGUGCGCGAGAGCUGCGAGGAGGAGCAGGGCGGCUUCUCCUGGCUGCGCUUCGCCGACGUCAGCCCCGGGGACGUGUACAAGGCUACGCACAGCAGCAUCUUCACCCGGGCAGCCGACGAGCUGCAGAAGCCUGACCGUCUCGCGCAUAUGGGUAUCGUCUACGACGACAGCGACGGGAACGAGACGGGCUUCACCCCCGCCCACGCCCUCUUCAGCAUCCGCGACCGGCAGAGGCUCCGGGCGCGCGCCGAGGUGACCCGACAAGGCAUCCUGAGCAGCCUGAUAAACGUCGCAGCCGACACGUACUCUGACUCGGGUCUCGGGCGGCUGGAACCGGCCGGCCGGCCGCGGGCGUCGGCACCGCCCAUCGAGGUGUCAUGCGCGGGCCGGGCCUCUGUGAUCGAGCGCGAGAACGUGCUCUUCAACGUUCCCAUGCGGAAGUCGCUGUACGGCCCGACGCAGCUGGAGGAGGUGUCGCUGGUGCGCAACAGGAUACCGCUGUCGCAGUACCCGCCCGUCAAGAUGCUGCCGAAGCCGGAUCACGAGAGGAAGCGGUUCACCAACAUUGCGGUGCCGUCGAUGCAGCGCUUCGUGACGGACAGCGGCAAGCUGGCCAAGCUGGACGAGCUGCUGUUCCGUCUCAAGGCCGGGGGCCACCGCGUGCUGCUGUACUUCCAGAUGACCAAGAUGAUCGACAUGAUGGAGGAGUACCUGACGUACCGCAACUUCAAGUACUGCCGGCUGGACGGAUCGACCAAGCUCGAAGACCGCCGCGACACGGUGCACGACUUCCAGACGCGGCCGGAGAUCUUCAUCUUCCUCCUGUCGACGCGCGCCGGCGGCCUGGGCAUCAACCUCACGUCGGCCGACACGGUCAUCUUCUACGACUCGGACUGGAACCCGACCAUCGACUCUCAGGCCAUGGACCGCGCCCACCGACUGGGCCAGACCCGCCAGGUCACCGUCUACCGCCUCAUCACGAAGGGCACCAUAGAGGAGCGCAUCCGCAAGCGUGCCCUGCAGAAGGAGGAGGUCCAGCGCGUCGUCAUCCAGGGCGGCGGCGCCAGCGUUGACUUCUCCGGCCGUCGCGCCCCCGAAAACAGGAACCGCGACAUCGCCAUGUGGCUCGCGGACGACGAGCAGGCCGAGAUGAUUGAGAAGCGCGAGAAGGAACUCCUCGAGUCGGGAGAGCUCGACAAGCAGACCAAGCGCAAGGGUGGUGCCCGCAAGAAGAAGGCCGAGGCCUCGUCUAGCCUCGAGGACUUGUAUCAUGAGGGAGAGGGCCACUUUGACGACGGCAGCAAGAUCAGCCAGAGCGGUGCGGCCACGCCGGCCGACAGCGAAAAGGGCAGGAAGCCGGGUUCCGGUGGUGCCCCCUCUGGUGCUGCGGGAAGAAAGAGUACCGCCAAGAGGGCGAAGACGGCGAAGCAGAGACUGGCCCUUGCUGAUGGGACGAUGGAAUGA